AAACCAGACAAGACAAAAAAAAAACACGAGAACAUCCACGUAGCCCGCGCAUUCACUGGCACUUUUCCACUCAAGAUAUCACUCCAUACCACCACAUCCCACAAAAAUAACAAGUCCCACGCCCAGAGCAAAAGGCCUCACACUCCAUAUCAUUAGCACUAGGCCUUGUUUAAUAAGCCACAGCCCCAAUCCGGGGCCUUGCGACAACCACACACCCCCCCUAGCCGGCAAGACCUCAUCGUCCGCCCACACCUGGCCGGCUCCCGACUGGGUUGUGGUGCUGGUUGUUAAUCAUAGCAAAGGCGGCUCCAGUCUUAAUACGACGGCUCUCCAUAUGCUAUUAGAACACUGGCGAUAUAACCUAUCUACCCUGUCCUGCAUUCUGCUCCCCGCCCAACCAGACCAAACUUUCAAGCCCAUAUCCAUUGACCAUUCCCAUCUCAUCUCCAAUUCUGUGACCGGUUCCCGCAAUCCCUUCUUGAACCGCGUUUCUUUUAUUCUGCUUAUCAUACGGACGGCAUUGUUCUGAUCGCCGGGGAAUCGACACUGCUCUUCUUCUCAUUCUCUCUUGCGACCACAAUCGACCACUUCUUUGAAACCUGGUAAACAGAUUCGGCAAAAAAACGCGUCUCGACUACAGCCGCGGAAUAGAGUGAGGCUUCCGGCCAUAUUUGCAGAACCCGCAUCGUCCUCCCGCAAUCAUUGUCGCCGUCUGGUCUCGCUCCCGAGCCAAGUCUAGCCUGGGCGUGGACCUCUUGAAGCAGCCGCAUACGCGCUCGACUGGGGAGAGUUACGGUGCUGCAGGGUUUGGUAGUUGGUGGCCAAUACCAACGACGUCGUGCGAUUUCAUUCUCGAACUCGAUUCGGAACGACGACAAACUUGAAAGGUUAGGCUCUGGCUCAGGAUUAGCUUGUCGCCGGCGCGCGAGAAAUAUUACUGAGAGCGCAGGAGGCGCGGAGGCCAAAAGAACUUGCCAGAAUCUGCGGCGCAACCAACUUCAUCCGGCUCUUGAACACGAAGCUUCAAUCAAGUCUUGCCGUUAACAAGGAAAAAAAAGUGAGACCCCACCUCCGAGAUCGCCACCACCCGGAUUUUCAGGCAGUCCAAAACCUUCUCGACGUUACCCGCGAUAUAUUGGGCACGUGGUAAACCUGCCGCAAUCUCGGUCCAGUCACACCAUACGCGCAUAAUCAUCUAUCGAGUGCCUGGCCGAUCCCGAGCUCUACUUAGGGUAAAGUCGGACCAUAGACUUGAAUUGCACCAUCACAAGCACCUGGAAGCCCGCGCGAUUUUCUGCUGUGUCGACUGGCAAAAGACACCAUACGUCCCUGCGGAGACAGGCACAACAAACACUGCGCGGAUCAUAUCCUUGGCUGUUGGAGAACUGCUGCAUGCGCUUUGCCUCGAACCACCAAUUCAAAGAAGAAUCUAGCAGAAAGAGGAUACGACCGCACAGGUAAUACUGCGCGAUACUUGUGCGCAGCCUUUUGUACUUGUACUUGUACCCUUUGGCUUUGUCACCAGAUUAUCAGUCUUGUUCAUUCCCGUUCCGACGUAACCCCCGCGAAGAUCUACCCUCCGAGGCACAUAAGUCGUUGGGUGACCCAGAAACUUUAAAGACUCUUUAAGCGACUUGACCUGUUUUUGGCACUAUAUCGCACGAGCUACGUCUUCUAUUUGUACUAGUACAGCCAUACAGCCAUUUAUACCAACAAGCGAGAAGCCGAGACUGUCAGAAAGGAUAUUGUAUCGAUAACUCUCGCAACUGCUCCAGAGCAGUGUCACUCAGCGCCUAGACAUACACGAACAUUACGCCCGACUCUGGACUGGGAUGCGAUAAUAUACGUCAGAGUCUCGGGUUUUCUUUCUCGGGAAAGAGGAUAACAAGCAAAGACAAACAACCCGUACCGCGACUACUCCAUCCUCUACACUGGCUCUCAUGUCACUUCCGAGCAUUGGGUCCGUAGGAUCGGACAGGAUGGCAGCGUACAUGCACGGACAACAAGUUUAUACAGGCCAGUUUGGCGACCCAAACUUGACACCACCGCAGGCAGAAACACAGAUGUCGGCCCAAGCAUCUGCACAAGCAGUGGGGCAAGAACCGGAGCCCGAUUAUAAACUUGUAAUACGUCAGGAGCCCCAAAGAGCUCGGGUUGCACAAGGGAAGGAGAAGGGAACGGACCGGAAGCCGAUUGACCCCCCGCCCAUUGUCCAGCUGAUCAGGACAGCUCGGAGUGAUCCCGCUCAAAUAUAUCUCCAAAGCCCUUAUUAUUUUAUGGCGUGCACCUUAAUCAAAGGGAGCGAUGACGACCCCGAUCCGAACCCGAACUCGAUGCUAGGCACCUUAGUUUCCUCCCUUCACAAGCUGCGAGACCUCAAUAAUGAAGACGGCGGCUUCUUCAUCUUCGGCGACCUCUCGAUCAAAAUUGAAGGAGUGUUUCGUUUACAGUUUACUCUGUUUCAGAUGAAGGACUCGACGUGCGUUUUUUUGGACUCGGCUACGUCACAGCCCUUUACGGUUUACCCCCAAAAGAACUUUGAGGGUAUGGCCGAGUCGACCUUCCUCACGAGGUCGUUUAGUGAUCAAGGCGUAAGGUUACGGGUUAGGAAGGACUCGAGAGCAAUGACCACGCGCAAGAGAAACCAUCAACAUGCCGAGGUUGCCAAGAAGCACUCGGAGUGGGAUAGGAAGCAGACGUCGGCUGUAUCCCGGCACAGCAGCAUCAACGAGAACGAUAGCACACCGACAGAUACGCGUGGGCUCGCGUCUUUUGCUGGCGCUGGCAGCAGCGGGUACUAUGACCAGCAUCGCUCGCACUACGGCGAGACUUACGGCCACGACACGUACUACGGCGGGGCGAGGUCGGUCAAGCGUGCAAGACAUGAGGUCAGCCCUGGACAGUAUGCGCUACCUGACCUACCUCAACAAGCAUACGCCACCAGGCAACCCUCCUUUUCCGACUCGGUCGCGUCCAUGACAAUGCCGCCGGUGACUACGGCAGCACCCUCACUGGCGGGUAUUAACCCCAUGAGCAGCCACCAUGGGUACACCGGAUCUGCACAUCCUGGUUUCGCGCCUCAUCGUAUCAACACCCAGGUUGGUGGGUCGCAUCUGGCUCCCCAGCCUCACUCGGCUAUUGGCUCAGUAAACCAGGGGUACCAAUCUCCCAGCACGCACCACCAGCCCCAUCCACAUACGGCUCACCCAGCUGGCGGACAGGCCUACCCAUCGCCUUCUCCUCGCCAGUCGCCGGGCACCGCGCCGAAUUAUCACUACGGCUCGCACCACUCGCAACAGACGCCGGUUUCACUUGGACUCGAGACGUAUACGUCGGCUGGGGUUGUCGGGAUGCCGGGUCCGGGCCAACUGGUUGGAACUUCGGCUCCCAGCCCACAUCUUGGACAGGGCUACCGACAUGGCAUGAUUAAUGAGCCUGGGGCUUGAGUCGGCUCGUUCAAUGAGAGAGCCCGGUUUCGAUUCUUGAAUACCACUUCGGGAUUAUAAACUUUAGUUUGGCAUGGCACUCUCUGUCAAGUGGGGAAAUCACCUACUCGGCAGAGGUGUUGAAGCGCAUUUGUGGACCUGUGGAGUUUUUGGGGAGGGGCGGCUGCUUUAUCUGUUUAUUUUGUCCUUCACUUCAUCGGCUCCCGUCGAACGUAGAGGUUGCUGAUCCUGGUUCAAUACCUUGGGUACUGCUCUCGUUUGACUCGAAGCUUUAUUUUUGGUAUACAUUUUAAGGCAUCUAGCACACAUAUGGGGAGGAGGUCAUGGGCUUGUCGUCAUUGAUGUUCUGCAAAAUACCCCCUUUUUUGUCACUUGUUGGACAAUUCUUUAGAGACGUUUCUUUUCUCACAUUUCUUUUCUUAUACAUAGUUUUUUUC